GUCACCAACGUGCGCUCGCUGCGCGGCCCGCAGCUGCGGCAGGUGGGCCAGCUGGCGCUGCUCUUCAGCCUCACCUUCGCGCUGCUCUGCUGCCCCUUGGCGCUCGGCCGCCCCGCGGGGACCCCGGCCGGCGCGGCUGCGGGCGCGGCGGCCGCCGAGCAGGGCGUGUGGCAGCUGCUGCUGGUCACCUUCGUGUCCUACGCCCUGCUGCCCGUGCGCAGCCUGCUGGCCGUCGGCUUCGGGCUCGCGGUGGCCGCCUCGCACCUGCUCGUCACCGCCACCCUGGCGCCCGCCAAGCGCCCGCGCCUCUGGAGGACGCUCGGAGCCAACGCCCUGCUUUUCCUCAGCGUGAACAUGUACGGGGUCUUCGUGAGGGUCCUGGCCGAGCGCUCCCAGAGGAAAGCCUUCCUGCAGGCCCGCAGCUACAUUGAAGACCGGCUGAGGCUGGAGGACGAGAACGAGAAGCAGGAACGGCUACUUAUGAGCCUUCUGCCCCGGAAUGUUGCCAUGGAGAUGAAGGAGGACUUCCUGAAGCCCCCCGAAAGGAUUUUCCACAAGAUUUACAUCCAGCGGCAUGACAAUGUGAGCAUCCUCUUCGCGGACAUCGUGGGCUUCACGGGCUUGGCGUCACAGUGCACCGCGCAGGAGUUGGUCAAGCUCCUCAACGAGCUCUUCGGCAAGUUUGAUGAACUGGCUACGGAGAACCACUGUCGCCGCAUCAAGAUCCUCGGCGACUGUUAUUACUGUGUGUCCGGCCUCACCCAGCCCAAGACCGACCAUGCCCACUGCUGCGUGGAGAUGGGCCUGGACAUGAUCGAUACCAUCACGUCAGUGGCCGAGGCCACUGAGGUGGACCUGAACAUGCGUGUGGGGCUGCACACCGGCAGGGUCCUCUGCGGGGUCCUCGGCCUGCGCAAGUGGCAGUACGACGUGUGGUCCAACGACGUGACCCUGGCCAACGUCAUGGAGGCCGCCGGCCUGCCCGGGAAGGUCCACAUCACGAAGACGACGCUGGCGUGUUUGAACGGUGACUACGAGGUGGAGCCGGGUCACGGGCACGAGAGGAACAGCUUCCUGAAAGCUCACAACAUCGAAACGUUCUUCAUCGUGCCGUCUCACCGGCGGAAGAUAUUCCCCGGGCUCAUCCUGUCCGACAUCAAGCCAGCCAAGAGGAUGAAAUUCAAGACCGUGUGCUACCUGCUGGUUCAGCUCAUGCACUGCCGGAAGAUGUUCAAGGCGGAGAUCCCGUUCUCCAACGUCAUGACGUGUGAGGAUGACGACAAGCGGAGGGCAUUGAGAACCGCAUCGGAGAAACUCAGAAACCGCUCAUCGUUCUCUGCGAACGUCGUCUACACCACGCCGGGCACGCGCGUCAACAGGUACAUCGGCCGCCUCCUGGAAGCGCGCCAGAUGGAGCUGGAGAUGGCAGACCUGGACUUCUUCACCCUGAAGUACAAGCAGGCUGAGCGCGAGCGCAAGUACCACCAGCUCCAGGACGAGUAUUUCACCAGUGCCGUUGUGCUGGCGCUCAUCCUCACCGCCCUGUUCGGCCUCGUCUACCUUCUCAUCAUCCCGCAGAACGUGGUUGUCCUCUUGCUCCUGGUGUUCUGCAUCUGCUUCCUGGUGGCCUGCGUCCUGUACCUGCACAUCACUCGGGUCCAGUGUUUUCCCGGAUGCCUGACCAUCCAGAUCCGCACCGUCUUGUGUAUUUUCAUAGUGGUCUUGAUCUACUCCGUGGCCCAAGGAUGUGUGGUGGGCUGUCUGCCCUGGGCCUGGAGCUCCAGCCCCAACAGGACCCUGGUGGUCCUGACGCCCGGCGGCCAGAACACACUGCUGCCCGCUGCGCCCUGCGAGUCUGCGCCCCACGCCCUGCUCUGCGGCCUGGUGGGCACGCUCCCACUGGCCAUCUUCCUGCGAGUGUCCUCCCUGCCCAAAAUGAUCCUGCUCCUCGUGCUCACCGCGUCCUACAUCCUGGUCCUGGAGCUCAGCGGCUACACCCGGGCCUCGGGGGGCGGCGCGGUGUCCGGGCGCAGCUUCGAGCCCAUCAUGGCCAUCCUGCUGUUCUCGUGCACGCUGGCCCUGCACGCCCGGCAGGUGGACGUCAAGCUGCGGCUGGACUACCUCUGGACGGCACAGGCAGAGGAAGAGAGGGAUGACAUGGAGAGGGUGAAGCUGGACAACAAGAGGAUUCUCUUCAACCUCCUGCCGGCCCACGUCGCUCAGCACUUCCUCAUGUCAAACCCCCGGAACAUGGACCUGUACUACCAGUCCUACUCGCAGGUGGGCGUCAUGUUCGCCUCCAUCCCCAACUUUGACGACUUCUACAUCGAGCUGGAUGGCAACAACAUGGGCGUGGAGUGUCUGCGCCUCCUGAAUGAGAUCAUCGCUGACUUUGACGAGCUCAUGGACAAAGACUUUUACAAGGACCUGGAGAAGAUCAAGACCAUCGGGAGCACCUACAUGGCUGCGGUGGGGCUGGCACCCACGACCGGGACCAAGGCAAAGAAGUGCAUCUCCUCCCACCUCAGCACGCUGGCGGACUUCGCCAUUGAGAUGUUCGACGUCCUGGAUGAAAUCAACUACCAGUCUUACAACGACUUCGUGCUCCGCGUCGGCAUCAACGUGGGCCCUGUGGUGGCCGGGGUGAUCGGGGCCCGAAGGCCGCAGUACGACAUCUGGGGAAACACGGUCAACGUGGCCAGUCGGAUGGACAGCACCGGCGUUCAGGGCAGAAUCCAGGUGACGGAGGAGGUUCACCGGCUGCUGCGAAGGGGCACGUACCGCUUCGUGUGCCGCGGGAAGGUCAGCGUGAAAGGCAAGGGCGAGAUGCUUACGUACUUCCUGGAAGGCCGGACUGAUGGGAACGGCUCCCAGGCCAGGUCCUUGGGCGCAGAGCGGAAGAUGUGCGCUUACGGGCGAGCCGGCCUCCAGGCCAGACUGGCUACGGGCCCGCCCCCGGUGGCCCCCAUGGCCGGCCUCCCGGUCCGAGCCGGGCUGGGGGCUCUGCAGGGCUCGGGGCUCCCCCCGUGCCCCCACGGCCAGCACCUGCCCCCCAGAGCAGCGGGGAAGGAGGCUUAGCGGAACCCACGCCGGCUGCUGGGGCUGAGGCGCUCCAGCAGGGACCAGCCCGGCCCACGGAGCAGGGCCAGGGGCCACACUGGGCCGCAGAAGGGGUGUCGCCCGGGCGUGACCCGAAGCAGCUGGGCAGCGACGGGCGAGGGGGAGCCCUGCCCGCCUGGAUGCUGAGGCUUUCAGGGGACCGUGCCGGCUCGGUCCUGUCUUCCGUGGGGUCGGCUCAGCGUCCGGCGUGGAGACCCCGAGAACAUCCUUCGCAGCUGCUGGCUUCGGUUCCGCGGAGCCGUGGAGCCGCGGCCGGGAGAGCAGGAGCAAAGCCUGCGUGUGGGCCGCGGCAGCCGGGGGCGGGGGGCUGGCUCUGCGACGAGCGGCUCGGGGGGAACAGAGAAGCCCCGCUGCACAGACGGGGGCGCCGGCCUCCUUCGGGACCCGUGUUUGCUGAGAGCCAGAGGCAGGUCUUCUGGAAUUCUUGGGGCCCCGAGCUGCGCCUCCGUGUCAUGACCAGCAUCCUGCUCUGCCCGCCGUUCUGCAUUGUCCUCGACCCCCGAUGGCAUCAGCCCCGCAGACCCUGGCCCCCCUCGCUGGGGGAGGAACAGCGGGCGGUGCCACCAUCCUCGUCCCGCCCGGCCUCUAGGGCCCCUGCUCUUCUCACAACAGCACACGCCCGCGUGGAUUGACGCAAGCGAACCUCAUGCC